CAACCAGGAGGUGACACAGCCCAGGAGCUGCGUGUUGGAGCCCAGGAGUGUGCGGGGCCAUGUGCUGAGGCAGCAUUUUGGAGGCAAAGGUGCCAUGACAUCAGCUCUUGGAAAUUCUGAGUGUUUGAUCUGAUAUCUGACUGACAGGGCUGGCCACUGUCCCUAUAAAAGCAAGAGUUGAACCAGCACCUCACACCAGGCACAAGAGGAACCUGCUCUGGUCCUGCCUCUGCCCCUGCAGCUCAUCUCUUUCCAGGAUGAAGGUCUCCACCCUUUGCCUCUCCAUCAUCCUCGUCGCUGCCCUCCUGUCUCAGGUGUCUCCUGCUCCAUUGGGGUCUGACACCACUAUCUGCUGCUUUGGCUACACCCCACGGAAGCUGCCCCAGAAUCAUGUGAAGGAAUAUUUCUACACCAGCAGCAAGUGCCCUCAGCCAGCAGUUGUGUUCAUCACCCAGAAGAACCGGGAGGUCUGUGCCAACCCUGGUGCCAGGUGGGUGAAGGAAUACGUGGACAGCCUGGAGCUGCACUGAGC